AUAUACAACAAAAGAAGCCUCAUUUCUUCGCAACGUCUCUCUAAACAACUCGCCCUGCAUUGCAGGGAGAGCAAAUUAAUAAUUACGUACGCGUAGCCAUUUUUUCGUGGAACAUUCUCCUCCAAAGAAUGACGGAAGAGGUAGUCAGCUCCACAAUCACCACCACCAACAACAACAAUAAUAAAUCUCCGAUCAAUGACAAUAUUGUCAAUCAACCGCAAUUUGUUGUCAAGGAAAAGAAAAAGCAGGGUGCUUUUAGCUUUCUCAAAGCUGCAUCGCUCAAGCUUCGUCGUCGUUCUCUCGAUCUAAAGCAACAAAAAUUUUCCCCGGAAGCGGUGCCCCCUGACGAUUCAAAGGGGGAAAAUUGGAAGAAGCUUGUAGGUUCCAUGAGGCCUUUACAUCUCCAAGACAAUCAAUCACCACCGAGUCCUCAUGACCCACUACCACCACCGGUGAAAUCUACAUCACUGCCUGUCGAAUUCAGUGAACAUUUUUCAUCGCCGUACUCUCCAUCCCCAUCAACGUCCUCUGUUGGCACCAUGAGUCAAUAUGCUUCAGCAAAUAAUCUACAAGAACUCUACGGUGAGAACAACAUCAACGACGACAAUGAGGAGGAGGAAGAUCCUGACCAGGUAUUUGAUGCCAUUGGAGGAGAUGACAUGAUUGAUGCAAAGGCAGAGAAUUUCAUUGCUCAAUUUUACGAACAAAUGAGGCUUCAAAAGUGAUUUUGGGCACAUUUAAUCAAACACGUACAAGGCAUGAACGGAACGGAACGUAACAAUCAAAUUAAUUUAAAAUCAUUUUGUAUUAGUAUAAUUUAUUUAAUUUAAGAACUUUUUUUAGCAAAAGGCAUCAUAUUUCAGAAUUAAUGUAGAAAUGUCACUGCCUUUUGCUUUAAUGUCUCUUAGAUCUCUACUGAUUAAUUAGUUCCAAAAAGGAGCUGACUUUUUUUUUUUACGUUACUUGCACUCUGUUUGGAAUCAAGAAAGUACUAGUGAAAGAAAAUCCAAAAUAUUUGAAUUCUUUCAUAAUGUUUGUUCUAAAUGUGCUAAGCAAAAUACGAUGGAUUACAUCGUAAUUAAAGAAUAUGGAU